AUGCGCUUCUCAGAAGAGAAUAGAUGUCGGCCAUGCCGUGACAGCCGAAAGAAGGUUGUCAUCCUCAUCACAAGCCAGCUUGGCGGAACUGACUUUUUAACUGAGCACACGUUCGGCACCAUUCAUGUGGAGAACAAGUAUGCAAGUAAAGAGCUGUCAAGACCUAGGGGAGCUCGAAGAACAGCAGAAAAAUCGCCUCUUACUACCUCUGGAAUUGGGCGAGAUGUGGUAUCCGAAGCGAUCGCUUACUACGUGAAAUACUACUUGGGUUCGGCUGAUGUCCCAACAUCGGCCAUGAGCGACCUUCGCAAGGCUGUGCUCUGCACAACGCAGUGCAUCGACGUAAUGGAAGCUGCCCUAUCUGCUGCAGCUUUGGCAGUGUUUGAGAGGGUUAGAUGUCAGCAACGUGUGGCAUUCCAAGCGGCGACUUACUAUCAACGAGCGCUACAAGCUUUGCAGACUGCUCUCCUUCACAUUGGAGAGGAUGAUGUUGGGGCUUGCUUGUUGGCCAUCUUCUUCAUGGCCCGCUAUGAAGAUUCGAUAUUUGAACAAGGACAAAACUCCGCCCAGAGACCUGUCUGGUCGCAAUCUCAUCACACAGGAGUCAUCGCUGUCCUGGAGCACUGGAUCAACAUGCACCAGGCUCCGCAGCAACCGACCUUUUCGGUAACGUAUGCGCGACGCAUGCUAAGCAAAGCAGCUCUUUUAGGCCAUAUCGAUCUUCCGAAUUGGCUCGAAGACGGAUCAGCGUUUGGCGAAACAGGCUCCAGAUUGUCUUUGGAUGAUAUGCUGGUGCGCCUGAUCGCUCUCCGUAAAUCAAUGGAAAACCUACAAACUAAAGAGCGCUCGCUCGCCAAUUCCCAAGCGGCUGAAGUCCUCGAACGAGAAGCAAUGUCCAUAGACAGGGCGUUGCUUGGAUGGGAGUAUGUCUGUAUGAAGCCCAAAGAGUUUGACGAGGCUGGAGCCAAGGCUGCGGAGGAGGUCCGAUGGUACGGCUAUCGAAUGAUGACCUGCCGUCUGCGCAUGCAGGCAAUGGAGCUAUUAGCACCGAACUCGAGGAAUGGACUUGCCACUCACAUCACGGAAGUGUCGCGGCAACCCAAUGCUUUGGCUGAAGGUCUACGGUCGGCUAUCAGUUCGUACCUUGACAGAUGCUUGAGUAGAGACUAUUCAAAAACGACAGACGGCAAGAACAUGUGUUUCACGAGCACUGUUCGGCCCUACGACUCUGAGGAGAUCGUUCAUCCUUUGAUGAUCGCUCUGACCACGCCGUACAUCGACUCGCGCUUUGUUGAGCUGUUCAGAACGCAACUGCAGCACGUAGGCCGGUCGACUGGAUAUGGUCUUGUACUAGCUAUUGCAUCUAGUCCAAAAUGA